AUGGUUCAAUUCAAAUCCCUGGUGACCUUGGCCAGAAUAAACCAAAUCAAAUUAAACAAUUACGCGAAAAAAGAUAUCCAUGGAAGGCAAAGAUCAUUUCAAAAAUCAUGGUAUAGAGGCCGAGACUGGUUGGAGUAUAGUGUAGAAGCUGACGCUGCCUUUUGUUUUCCAUGUAGGAAAUACUUGUGUAAUCCAAGUGAUGAAUUUGGACAAACGGGAUUCAGAAAUUGGAAAAAUGCGUUAGCUGCCAAGAAGGGACUGCUUAAACACGAGAGCUCAAAAGCUCAUUUAAAUUCAAUUACAAUAUGGCAUGAUAAAAAUCAAAAUAUAAACAAUGGUACAGUAAUAACUAAAAUGUUGGGAGGUGAUCAAAUUAAUCGUAAUCAAUAUUAUAUUAAAUCAAUAUUUGAUUUGAUGCUGUUUCUUAGCGUUCAAGAGCUACCUUUCCGUGGGACUGAUUCAACAAAUAUUACGGAUGCUGCAAAAGAUGAAAUCAUAAUUUAUUCUUCUGAACUAUUUAUAGCAAUGUUUUCCUACACCAUCCAAAAAGACCCUGAAUUAAAUAAAAUUAUGAAAUUUAUACCCCAAAAUGCCCAGUAUACAUCACCACAGAUUCAAAACGAAGUAAUAUCCAUUAUGGCAGAUAUGGUGCUUGAACAUAUUUCAGACAAAUAUAAUAAAAGCGAGAUGCCUUUUUUUUGUCUUAAGGCCGAUGAGACAAAAGAUGCUUCAGGUUGUGAAAAUCUGAGCAUAAUAAUUCGCUAUAUUUUUUCUGGAGAAAUCCAAGAAAAUUUAAUAGGAAUCAUUAAUUUAGAGUGUCUUUCUGCUGAAAGCAUUACAGAUUGCAUUUUAAAGCAACUUAAUGAUCUAAAUAUUAAUUCAGCUAAUAUAAUAAGCCAGGCAUAUGAUGGUGCAAACGUUAUGUCUGGCCAAAAUGGAGGAGUGCAAACACUUCUUCAAAAAAAAAUUAAUAAAAAUGUUCCUUUUAUACAUUGCUACAACCACAAGUUGCAUCUUGUGGUUCAAAAUUGGCGUUUUAACGUAUCCUGUAAAUAUACAGGCCACACCCUUAAGAGACUUUUAGACUAG